AAUUUCCCCAUUUUUGUUUUUAUUUGAAAUUGUCUGUCAUUUGACAAGAAGUGGCCUGAGCAAUUUUCAUUGAGUGGAGCUAAAAAUUAAGGCUCUGCCAUGGCGUAUCAGAAUUCCGGCAUGCUCACAAGAGAUCAACUGCUUCAUCUCUUUGAUCGAUUCGCCUCCCUGACCUCGCAACCUGAGGUGAAGCAACGUAUUUCUGAUGCCGUCAACGACAGGCAGGAAGCUGUAGCAGUAACAACUGCAAUCCAAGAAGAGAUAUUUUCAGAGAUGGGAGUUGAUCCACAAUUCGGUUUGGCGUGCUUGGGAAAAGUAAACAUGUCUUAUGAGAACGACCAAGAUUUGAUGAUUCGAUUUUACGCUUUUGUAGCACAAGAGGAGAUAGCAUGUGAAGAAGCAGAGCUUGGGCCAGAAAAAUUUGCAGAAAAAAUGGAAAUGCAGCAGUAUUUAGAGGAACAGCAAUUGGAGAUGCUGAAGCACAUGCGCCACUUCAACAUGGAUGAUCAGUCUGCAAUCAUCGAGAAGAUCCACCAACAGAUGGAGAACACGAACUUUCAACCCGAGGCAUCACUUUUGUCUGUCCAACAAAUCCAGGAUAUUGUGAGAAGAAGGGUCUCGCCCGGCUUCCAGUCAAUUUAGCGUUUGUUUCUUCCGAACAUUAUGAAUGAGAAUUUGAUUAUCUGUAAUUUUAUUGUGUACAUUUGUGGAGGUGACCGUCAAAGUGUUCUAAAUGAAAUGAGGCCAUCUGCUACCAAAGCUAGAAUCACAUGACUGGUCACUGGCCACUGUAUGUUAUUUGUAGAAGUGUUGAGAUUUGAGAAUGUAUGACAUUCAGUGACAAUAAGUACACUGUUAAGCCGACCAAAAAGUAGGUGGCUCAUACAUUUUCAAGAUAUAUGUAUACAUUCAAAUUGAAAUGUUAUACUCUAAUGACAUUAUUGGUAUGAUGGAGUGAAAUUUCGUAGGAAUAGAAUGAAUUGAAGAAUGAAAUGAUUAUGAGAAUGGAAUGAAACA